CACAGUCUGCAUUUCCCUGUUCUAAUCUCUUGACCCAUAAGAGGAAAUAGACUUGUUUUCAUGUGAUCAACAAGCAGAGGAACUUACGAAAAGUGACACAGCUGUCGAAAAGGCAACCCACACAGCCCUUGAUUGUCAAACACAUUGUAACGGCCAGAGCUGUCAGUACUGAAAAAGAAAUUGGCGUGAACAUGGAGCAAGAACCAAAGCGAAUAAGAGAAGGCUACUUGGUUAAGAAGGGCAGUAUGUUUAAUACCUGGAAGCCGAUGUGGGUAGUGCUCCUAGAUGAUGGAAUUGAAUUCUAUAAGAAGAAGAUUGACAGCAGUCCCAAAGGAAUGAUCCCCCUGAAAGGAAGCUCUAUCAAUAGCCCAUGUCAGGAUUUUGGCAAACGGAUGUUUGUCUUCAAAUUCACCACAGCCAAACAACAGGACCAUUUUUUCCAAGCCGCCUACCUUGAGGAGAGAGAUGCCUGGGUGCGGGAUAUCAAGAAGGCUAUUCAGUGCAUCGAGGGAGGCCAAAAGUUUGCCAGAAAAUCCACCAGAAAGUCCAUCAGGCUGCCUGAAACAAUCAAUCUAAGUGCCUUGUAUCUCUCAAUGAAGGAUGCUGACAAAGGAAUAAAAGAACUGAAGCUGGAAAAAGACAAGAAAGUGUUCAAUCACUGCUUUACAGGCAGCAGUGUGAUUGACUGGCUAGUGUCGAGCAACGCAAUCCGAAAUCGCAAGGAGGGUCUCAUGGUAGCCUCUUCCCUGCUAAAUGAAGGCUACCUGCAGCCAGCUGGGGACACUUCCAAGAAUGCUGCCGAAGGAUUGUCCGACACCCCCUUCCUUGAUCUAGCUGAUGCCUAUUACUACUUUGCAGACAGUGGGUUCUUCUAUGAAGGGAAUUCUAGUGAUGAUGACGUGGUCUUGAAGGAAGAGUUCAGAGGCACAGUGGUCAAGCAGGGCUGUUUACUGAAGCAGGGGCAUCGGAGGAAAAACUGGAAAGUGAGGAAGUUUGUUCUAAGAGAGGACCCUGCAUAUCUUCACUACUAUGAUCCUGCUGGGGGAGAAGAUCCACUUGGAGCGAUUCACUUGAGGGGUUGCGUGGUGACAGCUGUUGAAGACACACCAGAUGCUAAGAAGCAUGAUGUUGACACCAACCUGUUUGAAAUCAUCACAGCAAGUGAAAUCCACUAUUUUUUGCAAGCAGCGACACCCGUGGAACGUACAGCGUGGAUCAAAGCGAUUCAAGUUGUUUCUAGGACUGGGAAAUAAAGACCAGACUCCAGCGGAAAACCAAACUGAGCACUCCUAGCAAAAGGGAAUUUUAACCUGGAGCCCUGGGAAAUGAUUCCAUCCAUUGUCUCCUCUUCCUGAGGCUGGUGGGCAGUUUAAUGUCUGCAAUGGCUACUAACAAACUAACAAACUCCCCACAAUUGUAGCUGAGAGAUUUUACUCAUUUAAAGUAUGUCUUAAAUAUGUCUUACUAAUUGGUGCAUCUUUUUUAUUAUUAGCAUCUCCUGUGAAGGUGACAACUUGUGCUGUUUUGGUUUUUUUGGACUCAUUGAUGAUAGUGACAGUUUUACCAUUACUGUGGUUGGGGCCAGGAUCCUGCCACAGAUGUAAAUAAA